AUGUCUAUUGCAACAAAAAUGCAAUUUUUCAAUAUAAAAUUUUAUAUAGGAAAAAUAAGUUUCAUAUCUCUUGCAACAAAUUUCGAUGCGCAUCUUAAAUUUUCCCGUAUUUUUUACAAGAUAAGUUUAAUAAAAUGGCGAGCAAUGAUACAAGACGUCCAAAUCUCGAUGAGAAGGUCAUUGACACGCCUACAGUGCGCUGUUUUAUUUUUUUUUUGAGAAACUCACCUAGAGAAAAAUGCAUUAAAUUUUUUUAUAAAAAAUGUUGUGUUGAGUAGGCAUAAAGAUUUUUUCGAAAAAUUUUUGUUGCAAUAG